AGCGGGGCCGCGCACGGCGGGGUCCCGGAGCCAGGCCGGCGCCCGAAGCCAUUUCCGGGAGGGGCGGGGCCGGCGGUAGCCGGGCCUCGAAUCCUGGCGGCGGCGGAGGCGACCUGGGAGCCCAAAUCCUUUGGCUGCCGAGUCGGUCGCGCGCAGAGGUGGACGUGGGAGGUGGAGCUGCCAGGCGUGAGAGAGUGCUCGAGAGAAGGAGACUGGAAGCUGGUUCCGGCGUGAGGAGAUUCUGAAGAAGGGGAGCACGGAGAGGAGGCGGAACGAGGAAGAUGCCUAGCACAGACCUUCUGAUGUUGAAGGCCUUUGAACCCUACUUAGAGAUUUUGGAAGUAUACUCCACAAAAGCCAAGAAUUUUGUAAAUGGGCAUUGCACCAAGUAUGAGCCCUGGCAGCUAAUCGCAUGGAGUGUCGUGUGGACCCUGCUGGUAGUCUGGGGAUAUGAGUUUGUCUUCCAGCCAGAGAGUUUAUGGUCAAGGUUUAAAAAGAAAUGUUUUAAGCUCACUAGGAAGAUGCCCAUCAUUGGUCGUAAGAUUCAAGACAAGUUGAACAAGACCAAGGAGGAUAUUAACAAGAACAUGUCAUUCAUGAAAGUGGACAAAGAGUAUGUGAAAGCUUUGCCCUCCCAGGGUCUGAGCUCAUCUGCAGUUUUGGAGAAACUUAAAGAGUACAGCUCUAUGGAUGCCUUCUGGCAAGAGGGGAGAGCCUCUGGAACCGUGUACAGUGGGGAGGAGAAGCUCACUGAGCUCCUUGUAAAGGCUUAUGGAGAUUUUGCAUGGAGUAACCCCCUGCAUCCAGAUAUCUUCCCAGGAUUACGCAAGAUAGAGGCUGAAGUUGUGAGGAUAGCUUGCUCCCUGUUCAAUGGGGGACCAGAUUCGUGUGGAUGUGUGACUUCUGGGGGGACAGAAAGCAUAUUGAUGGCCUGCAAAGCAUAUCGGGACCUGGCCUUCGAGAAGGGGAUCAAAACUCCAGAAAUUGUGGCUCCCCAAAGUGCCCAUGCUGCAUUUAACAAGGCAGCCAGCUAUUUUGGGAUGAAGCUUGUGCGGGUCCCACUGACGAAGAUGAUGGAGGUGGAUGUGCGGGCAAUGAGAAGAGCCAUCUCCAGGAACACUGCCAUGCUCGUCUGUUCUACCCCACAGUUUCCUCAUGGUAUAAUGGAUCCUGUCCCUGAAGUGGCCAAGCUGGCUGUCAAAUACAAAAUACCCCUUCAUGUCGACGCUUGUCUGGGAGGCUUCCUCAUCGUCUUUAUGGAGAAAGCAGGAUACCCACUGGAGUACCCAUUUGAUUUCCGGGUGAAAGGUGUGACCAGUAUUUCAGCCGAUACCCAUAAGUAUGGCUUCGCCCCAAAAGGCUCAUCAGUGGUGUUGUAUCGUGACAAGAAGUACAGGAACUAUCAGUUCUUCAUUGAUACAGAUUGGCAGGGUGGCAUCUAUGCUUCCCCAUCCAUUGCAGGCUCUCGGCCCGGUGGCAUUAGCGCAGCCUGUUGGGCUGCCUUGAUGCACUUCGGUGAGAACGGCUAUGUUGAAGCUACCAAACAGAUCAUCAAAACUGCUCGCUUCCUCAAGUCAGAACUGGAAAAUAUCAAAGGCAUCUUUGUUUUUGGGAAUCCCCAAUUGUCAGUCAUUGCUCUGGGAUCUCGUGAUUUUGACAUCUACCGAUUAUCAAACCUGAUGACUGCUAAGGGGUGGAGCCUGAACCAGCUGCAGUUCCCACCCAGUAUUCAUUUCUGCAUCACGCUAGUACAUGCCCGGAAACGAGUAGCUGUACAAUUCCUGAAGGAUGUCCGAGAAUCCGUCACUCAAAUCAUGAAGAAUCCUAAAGCGAAGACCACAGGAAUGGGUGCCGUCUACGGCAUGGCCCAGACAACUGUGGACAGGAAUAUGGUUGCAGAAUUGUCCUCGGUCUUCUUGGACAGCUUGUACAGCACAGACACUGUCACCCAGGGCAGCCAGAUGAAUGGUUCUCCAAAACCCCACUGAGCUUGGACCCUUUCUAGUCCCAAGAGGCUUCCAGCCUUCAGAAGGUUCUUGGGGUAUGGAACAGGCCAUGCGCUACCUUGACAUCUGGUCUGGCUCCAUAGAGCACAACUCAAGAUAGACUGAGACAGCUUGAGCCUCAGGAUUCUUGUUCCUCCUCUUGUCAUCCUUUUGUGGUUUUUAAUUUGAAGACCCCAGAGGAUUCUAUUAUAUAAUGAUUUUGCCCUUGUUAUAAAUGUUACCCUAGGAAUUGUUUUAACCAUUUGCUUUUCUAAACUCUCUAGCUUUCAACUUCACUUAACCAUUGUGUGGCAGCUCUGA